AUGGGUGACGCUUCAGUCUUCAAGUAUCCCUCCCCUCUGACAGGAUAUGAGGAUGCUCCACCACUGCCUAACGACCUGGCAGAAGAUGGAAAGAGCUAUGUCAACCCGUCAGCAGCAAAGAAAAGCGAAGCAUACGACAAGUUUAUAGACCCAUUUGAUCAAACUCCACGGGGCGCCUUCGACGUUCACAUUUAUUAUUAUCAGGCAAACGAAGAACAAACCAAAUACGCCAAAGAACUCUGGGAGCGCAUUAGGCGAGAAUUCCCUGAACUGCGAAUCUACAAACUGUGGGAUAAACCGAUCGGACCUCAUCCAGUCGCCAUGUUCGAAGUGAAUCUCUUUACACCAGCACAGUUUGGAGCAUUCAUUCCAUGGUUGAAUAUCUGGAGAGGACCUCUGUCGGCACUCGUCCAUCCGAAUAUUGUUCCGGAAGAGGGCGUGGAACGGUGGGCGUCGAUGAAGAGGGAUCAUUUGGAGAGGGCAAUUUGGAUGGGGGAGAGAAUUCCUUUGGACCUCAGCUUAUUUAACAACCAGUCGUAG